UUAAGGAAAAAGUAUCUAAGGAUUACAUAUGGACUUCAGGGCGACCCUCAAGCCCCGUACGGGGCCUAAGUUGGGGUCAGAGAUCAAGACAAACACCCCAACCAAGGUGGACUUCAGGUCAGUUUUGGGGAAAAAGGAAGGAGGCUCACCGAAAGUUCCUUCAUCAGAGCCGAAUGCCAGCAGCACAACUGCAGACUUCAGGACCGUCCUUAAUAAGAAAAAUAAUGCAGAAUCAGAGAAGACAACAACAAAUGAUCCAGCUCCAACUCCAACUGCCAAAGAGAAACAGCGUGGCAUAAAUGGUGUGACUGUAGAUACAGGUAAUAAAAAUAACAGCUUAGAGGAGAAAGCUGGGAUUGAGCAAAAGAAUAAUGCGCUGAUGGAGAAGAAGAGCAUUCUGAGACCUGAGAAAAAGACUGAUGGUGAGAUAGUAGAACCAAAAAACAAACAUGGUAGUGUCAAUCAGAAAAAUGGUACAGAAGUGGUCAGGAAUUCAAACGAAAAGGAGAUCAUACCCAAUUCAACGGAUGGACAUGACGAAAGGAAGAAGGACACUGGCAAGGCACCGGUUUUCACUCAGACUCUAAGUGAUGUUACUGUUCUGGAUGGGGAAAGGUUGAGGUUGGAGUGCAUAGUGACCUAUGACCCUCAGACUCUCAUCACCUGGACACUCGAUGGGAAAGUUAUAAAGUCAUCCAAGUUUAUUGUCUUAUCCCAGGAAGGGGGCAAGUGCUCGCUCACCAUAGAUAAGGCCCUUCCAGAGGACGAGGGGCGCUACACCUGCAAAGCGGAGAAUGCAGAUGGAAAAGCCGAAUGCUCCUGUAUGGUCCUUGUGGAUGAUAAUUCAGAUCCGUCAGUGGGAAAAAAAGACAAGAAAAGUUUAUCUUCAACACCUACAACAGAGAAUGAAGCCAGAAUAAAGAAAAAACCAGCACCAAAGUCCCCUGUCAAACAAGGUUCUCCACCCCAAAUUCAGCAGUUUCCUGGAGACCUCAAGAUCAGAGCUGGAGAGAAGGUGGAGCUGUUGUGUAACUUUGGAGGAACUGCACCUAUUACCUGCAACUGGCUCAAGUUUAAAAAACCAAUCCAGACAGGAAGUGGAGGCAUUACCAUAGAGACCACAGAAAACAGCAGUCAGUUAACUAUUGCAGCAAGUGAUCAGGAUCAUUGUGGUUGCUACACACUGGAGCUGCAGAAUAAAUAUGGCACCAAGCAGGUCUCACUCAACCUUACUGUUGUAGACAAGCCUGAUCCACCAGCGGGCAUCCCUGCUGCCUCAGAUAUCCGCCUUGCCUCACUUACCCUGUCCUGGUAUGGACCAACCUAUGAUGGUGGUAGCAUCGUCAAGUCAUAUAAUUUGGAGAUCUGGAAUUCCAUCGAUGACAAGUGGAGUGAGCUUGCUUCCUGUAACAGUACAUCGUAUUAUGUCCAGCAGCUGCUUCCCGACCGCCAGUACAAGUUCCGUGUGCGUGCAGUUAACAUGUAUGGCAUUGGAGAACCUAGCGCCGAGUCAGAACCCGUCACUGUGGGAAAACCAGAAGUGCAAGAAAAAAAAGAAGAGGAAACUGAGGCUGCAGCUUCUGACGAUGAUUCCGAUAAAGAGCCUGAGUACAGAGACGUGGCCAUAAAGAAAGACUGCACUGUGAAGGAUUUCUAUAAUGUGGAGGAUCGCUUGGGCACAGGCAAAUUUGGCCAGGUCUUCAAACUGGUUGAAAAGUCAAACGGAAAGGUGUGGGCGGGAAAGUUCAUCAAAGCUUUCUCACAGAAGGAGAAGGAGAACGUGCGACAGGAGAUUGGUACCAUGAACAGCCUCCACCACCCUAAACUUGUGCAGUGUGUGGAUGCCUUUGAGGGCAAAUCAGACAUAGUGAUGGUCCUGGAAAUGAUCUCUGGCGGCGAGUUGUUUGAGCGGAUUGUUGAUGAAGAUUUCGAGCUGUCUGAACGUGAGGUCAUCAAAUAUAUGCUCCAGAUUAUUGAUGGCGUUCACUUCAUCCAUAAACAGGGAAUCGUGCACCUAGACCUUAAGCCGGAGAACAUCAUGUGCGUCAACAAAAUGGGCAGCAAGAUUAAACUCAUUGACUUUGGCCUUGCACGAAGACUAGUAGAUUCUGGUUCUCUGAAGGUUCUCUUUGGAACACCUGAGUUUGUGGCUCCUGAGGUGAUCAACUAUGAGGAGAUUGGCUAUGCAACUGAUAUGUGGAGCAUUGGUGUGAUCUGCUAUAUCCUCCUGAGUGGUCUUUCUCCAUUCAUGGGGGACAACGACAAUGAAACUCUUGCUAAUGUUACCUCAGCAACCUGGGACUUUGAGGAUGAGGCUUUUGAUGAGAUCUCUGAGCAGGCCAAGGACUUUAUCAGUAACCUGCUGAAGAAAAACAAGAAGACUAGACUGACCUGUGCACUGUGCCUGGAGCACGAAUGGCUUAAGCAAGACACCAAAAACAUGGAGGCCAAGCAGCUCUCCAAGGAACGCAUGAAGAAGUACAUCCUCAGACGUCGAUGGCAGAAAACAGGGAACGCAGUGCGAGCCAUCUCCAGAUUCAGCUCCAUGGGAAUGUUAGGAGGGAUUGGUCUAAAGAAAAGCUCACCCACAGAAGAAGCACCACCUGCACCAUUCCUUGAGACUACAGAAGAAGAAAACCACACCCCUGCUCCUCCGACCUUCACCUUAGUCAUCCAGGAUGUAGAGGUGGUGGAGGGCAGUGCUGCCCGCUUUGACUGCAAGAUUGAAGGUUACCCGGAUCCCGAGGUGAUAUGGUACAAGGACGACCUGCCCAUUAAAGAGACCCGUCACUUCCAGAUCGACUAUGAGGAGGACGGCCACUGCAGUCUAGUGAUCUCUGAGGUUUGCCCAGAUGACGAUGCCAAGUAUACCUGCAAGGCAGUGAACGGCCUGGGGGAAGCAAGCUGCACGGCCGAACUGAUGGUGGAGUUCAUGCAGGAGGAAGAAGGAGAUGGUGAGGAAGAAGAAGAAGAGGAAGAGGAGUAGGGGUGAGUGGGUAGAGGAGGUACCCUGAGCAGAAGGGACAAGUUAAAGACAGGUGGAUUAUAGGAGAUUUAAAUCCAUUAAAGCUUUGAUUCUUUCUGCUGCAUUUCUUACACCAGUGCAAAUAUCUAGCAGUUGUCUUUACAGUGUAAGGGUGAAACAGUGUUCAUAUAAGUGCUCGCAAAGACCAAAGACGUUUCAGCAUCUGUUAGGUUUCAGAGAAACAUCAACUACUCAGCUGGCUAAAAAUGGACUUCUCGACUGUGUCAGAACUGCGUGCCUUGGGUGCCCACAUUUGGACUUCCAAACAACAUCUUAUCCAAAGCAGCAUCGCCUGUUAUCAUGCAGAGCCUUAAAAUGUUUUAUGUGCAUGUUUCACUGGUUUUGCUUUCUCUCUAGCACACUCAAGUGGUGAAAAUAUUAGAUGUAGAUGUCCAUGAGGUAUUAUUCUUGCAUGUGGCAUGACACACACUGUUGGAGACCUAACUGUAAAAAUGUAGUGAUAAUCAGACACAUCAGCAGAUUUUUAAAUAUGUGAUUUAAAUUUAUUUGGAGUGAUUUAAAGCUUUUAAAGACCUACAGCUGAUGUCAAGAGAUUAAACACUUAUUGUAUUAAGCAUACACCGAUCAGCCAUAACAUUAAAACUUACAACAUCCACUUACCAUAUAGGAACACUUUGUAGUUCUACAAUUACUGACUGUAGUCCAUCUGUUUCUCUGCAUGCUUUGUUAGCCCUUAUUUCAUGCUGUUCUUCAAUGGUCAGGACUCGCCCAGGACCACCACAGAGCAGGUAUUAUUAAGGUGGUGGUGGUGGGUCAUUCUCAGCACUGCAGUGACAAUGACAUGGUGAAUAAGACACAUCAGCGCUCAUGGAGUUUUUAAACACCUGACUGUCACUGCUGGACUGAGAAUAGUCCACCAACCAAAAAUAUAUCCAGCCAACAGCGCUGUGGGCAGUGUCCUGUGACCACUGAUGAAGGUCUAGAAGAUGACCAACUUAAACAGCAGCAAUAGAUGAGCGAUCGUCUCUGACUUUACAUUAACAAGGAGGACUAACUAGGUAGGAGUGUCUAAUAGAGUGGACAGUGUGUGGACACGGUAUAUAAAGACUCCAGCAGCGCUGCUGCGUCUGAUCCACUCAUACCAGCACAACAAACACUAACACACCACCACCAUGUCAGUGUCACUGCAGUGCUGAGAAUGAUCCAACACCCAAAUAAUACCUGCUCUGUAGUGGUCCUAAGCAUUGAAGAACAGGGUGAACACAGGCUAAAAAAGAAUGUAGAGAAACAGAUGGACUACAGUCAGUAGAACUACAAAGUGCUUCUAUAUGGUAAGUGGAGCUGAUAAAAUGGACAGUGAGUGUAGAAACAAGGAGGUGGUUUUAAUGUUAAGGCUGAUCAGUGUAUGUCAAGGAAGUGUAUUGAUUUUUGCAACAGUUCUUUUUCUGUGACUAAAUUAUUAGAGCACAUGUGCUCUAUGUCCCAAACAACCAAAUUCCUGCCUGUUAUUUAGCCAGCACAUGAAAAAGCAGCCUGGCAUAUAUGGGUGAACUAUGGCACAGAAGAUUCCACCGCACUCAUUCUCAUCCCUUAUUUAUGUCUUUGUACAGGCUUUUAUCGUCGUGUUAGGGGUGUUUAAGUCAUCGCUGGGAAUGAAAUAUUUAAACCUAAUAGAAAGUGAACAUGGUUUUGAUUAGUGUAACAUUUUACAUAGUACAACAUGUUAAACAGUCUUUUAUAUUUGAGUCCACAUGUAGUUGACUGUCAAUUUGACUCAAGUGACAUAAAGGAAACUAUUAAUUGGGUGAGCAAAAUAUGUUUUAUAUACUAUUUGUGUUGUUUUGUUUUUACUGAUUUAACUUCAAAUUUAUUUGUAGCAACAGAAAU